UGUGUAAUAUACUACUACUACUACUACUAGUUGUAUAGGAUUUUUCUAGAACUAUUGUGAACCUCUCCAAAUCUCUUCUCCAUUUUCUCUCAAUGGCGGCGGCGAGGAUUGCAUUGUUGAAAUACCUAAGAGUCGAAGCUCGACCAGCUCAAUUCCAAAACCCUAGAAUCAUCGGAGGUUCGUUGAGUCAGAUUUUCAAACGUCAUUUCAGUGAAGAAGUAAGAGGAUCCUUUCUCGAUAAGGAUGAAGUUAGAGAUCGCGUUAUUACCUGCGUCAAAAAUUUCCAGAAAGUCGAUCCUUCUAAGGUUGCCCCAAAUGCUCACUUCCAAAAUGAUCUUGGCUUAGAUAGUUUAGACACCGUUGAAAUUGUGAUGGCCCUUGAAGAAGAAUUUGGUUUUGAGAUUCCAGACAAUGAAGCCGACAAGAUCAACUCGAUAAAUUUAGCAGUUGAUUUCAUUGCAUCUCACCCUCAGGCAAAAUAAGGGAACAAAAUCUAGCUUUGAUGAGUACUCAUUUUCUUCUAUAACUUCUUUCCCCAAUUUAAGUACUUCAUUUACUCACUUUUGGCAUGUGGUUUAUACUACGUAUGCGCUCUUGUAAGGAUUUUGGUCAAGUCCUAAAGACGACAACUACCAUUAUCGGCUAGAUGGUGAUAUGAUGUCUCAAACUAAAGUUUAGUCUCUAUUAGAUUUGAGAUAUAUGCUUUUAGAAUGUUUGGUGCUUAUGAAAAUAAAUCUAGCUGUAUGGUAGCAUUGGUCAA